GAACUUGAAUCAUAUUUAUAAGCCUUGUCGAAAUCUCUCUAGGUCUCUCUAGGGUUUUUGUUUCUCCAUCCAUCUCCCCUGAUAUAUACUACACACGCAUAUUACACCUAUAUAUAUACUCGAUAGACGCAUAUAGAUAUUUAAUUGUAUACGCGCUGCUACCGCUAGGGUUUUUCAAUUAUCGAGCUUUCGGGGACCAAGCAACCAUGUCUUUGAGGCCGAGCGAGAGAACCGAGGUCCGCCGGAAUCGGUACAAGGUUGCUGUCGACGCCGAUGAGGGCCGCCGGAGACGCGAAGACAACAUGGUCGAGAUCCGCAAGAACAAGCGCGAGGAGAGCUUGCAGAAGAAGCGCCGCGAAGGCCUACAGUCCCAGCAGUCCUUCUCUUCCUCUCUCCACGCCUCCACCGUUGAAAAAAAGUUGGAGAGUCUUCCUUCGAUGGUUGCUGGGGUUUGGUCCAGUGAUAGUAAUUUGCAGCUGGAGGCCACCACGCAGUUUCGGAAGCUGCUUUCAAUUGAGAGAAGCCCUCCAAUCGAGGAAGUUAUUCAAUCUGGCGUUGUUCCUCGAUUCGUUGAGUUUCUUGUCAGGGAGGACUUUCCUCAACUUCAGUUUGAAGCUGCUUGGGCCCUUACAAACAUAGCAUCAGGAACUUCGGAGAACACAAAGGUGGUGAUCGAUCAUGGAGCAGUUCCUAUCUUUGUUAAGCUACUGGGUUCUUCGAGUGACGAUGUGCGGGAGCAGGCUGUGUGGGCAUUGGGAAAUGUUGCCGGGGAUUCUCCUAGAUGCCGUGAUCUUGUACUUGGCCAUGGAGCCUUGCUUCCAUUGCUGGGACAGUUGAAUGAGCAUGCAAAGCUUUCGAUGCUGAGAAAUGCCACAUGGACGCUGUCUAACUUCUGCAGGGGCAAGCCACAGCCUCCCUUUGAUCAGGUGAAGCCAGCACUUCCUGCUCUUGAGCGUCUCGUCCAUUCAAAUGAUGAAGAAGUCCUGACAGAUGCUUGCUGGGCUCUCUCAUAUCUUUCUGAUGGUACAAAUGACAAAAUCCAAGCAGUGAUUGAAGCAGGUGUUUGUGCCCGACUUAUUCAGCUCCUCCUACAUCCAUCUCCUUCAGUGCUCAUCCCUGCCCUUCGCACAGUUGGAAAUAUUGUGACAGGAGAUGAUCUUCAGACUCAAUGUAUAAUCACCUAUGGUGCACUGCCAUGUCUUUUGAGCCUGUUGUCCCACAAUCAUAAAAAGAGUAUCAAGAAAGAAGCCUGUUGGACUAUCUCAAACAUUACAGCUGGAAACAGGGAGCAGAUACAGGCUGUUAUUGAUGCUGGUUUAAUUGCCCCCUUGGUCAAUCUGCUACAAAAUGCAGAGUUCGAUAUAAAAAAAGAGGCUGCAUGGGCAAUUUCAAAUGCUACUUCGGGGGGUACCCAUGAUCAAAUUAAGUUCCUGGUGAGUCAGGGGUGUAUAAAACCAUUGUGUGAUCUUCUUGUAUGCCCUGAUGCAAGGAUCGUCACUGUCUGUUUAGAAGGGUUAGAAAACAUUCUGAGGGUUGGGGAAGCGGAGAAGAGUUUGGGCAACACUGGAGAGGUUAACUUGUAUGCCCAGAUGAUAGAUGAUGCUGAGGGAUUGGAGAAAAUUGAAAAUCUUCAGAGUCAUGACAAUAAUGAGAUCUAUGAAAAGGCAGUUAAAAUUCUUGAAACAUAUUGGUUGGAGGAUGAUGAUGAAACAGUGCCUUCGGGUGAUGGUUCUCAGCCUGGCUUUGGCUUUGGAGGGAAUGAGGUUCAAGUUCCAUCGGGUGGAUUUAACUUUAGCUGAAGGGAUCAGAGUUGGAUGGAGAAGUCCACGCCUGGGAUGGUAAGGUAUAUGUUGGGUCAGGUCAGGGCACCUUGCGGCAUCUCAUUUGAGUCUCGUCCUGUGUCCGCUGUGGUCGAAGGGGUUUCAAAGGUGGGUCAGUGUAUACUGUCAUGUCCAAAUAAGGAGUCAGGUGGGUUUAAUUCUGGCAUGAUGGCAUAGUCAGCUGUUCUUAGUAUUUUCACCUGGUACCAUGGAAGAAGGUGUCCCCCAAGUUCAUUGUUGCAUGAACAGCGCCCCGAUGGAUGUGCUGGUGGGGGUCUCUUGAAUGCGUAUUAGAGUCAUAUUCUUUUUCCCGGAGUCAUGUAUGAGUUGUUUCCAUAUAGUCUGGAUUUUGUAUCUUGUCGGGGUGGAUAUGGUAUUGCUGUAUGGAAGGAAGAGAGUUAAUGUAUUUUUUUGUGUGGUUA